AUGUGCGGAAUAACAGCUUUCCUAACCCUUGGCCAGAAUCCUGCUCCCGACAGAGCAAACACCGAAGACGAAAUCCACCAGAGCCUCGACAUCGUGAAACACCGUGGGCCAGACGCAUCCGGGAAAUGGAUUAGCGACGAUAACCGCGUUGGCCUCGGACACGUCCGGUUGUCCAUCGUGGACCUGCGCCCAGAAGCAAACCAGCCCUUCCACGACCCCGAGGAUGAUGUAUACGCAGUCGUAAAUGGCGAGCUAUACGACCACGAGCGAUACAGGGCGGAUCUCAGCGCCGAAUAUAACUUCCGCAGCAACAGCGACUGCGAAAUUGUGCUUGCGCUGUAUAAACGCUACGGGGUUAGCUUUCUAAGUCACCUGCGUGGGGAAUUCGCGAUUGUGCUCUGGGAUGCGAAACGGGAGGUCUUUCUGGCGACGAGGGAUCGGUAUGGUGUUAAGAGUCUUUAUUAUACCGUUGUUGGGGGUAGAUUUCUUGUUGCGACGGAGAUGAAGCAGUUUCUGGCGUAUGGAUGGCAGCCGGAGUGGGAUGUUAGGGCUCUGGUUGAGGUUGGGUGGGCGUUUGAUGAUAAGACUGUGUUUAGGGGCGUGAAGAAGAUCCAACCGGGCCAGUAUAUCCUGAGCCGGAACUAUGGCGAUAUCAAGAGAGAAAAGUACUGGGACCUGCAAUACCCCGACAAGUCUACAAAAGAAACCCGAACAGAAGAAGAAAUGAUCGAAGGGGUCCGGCAACGCCUACUCGAUGCAAUUCGAGUCCGCCUCCGCGCAGACGUCCCAGUCGGAAUCUAUCUCAGCGGUGGAAUCGACUCGUCCGCAAUCGCAGGGAUGAUCGUGCACCUCGUGAAAGAGGGCGCGAAGCUAGGAGACAGCUUGAGCCAGGAUCUCUCGCGGAUCCAGUGCUUCACGGUGCAGUUUGACAAAGACAGCGGGGCUGAUGAGUCUGAUAUCGCCCAACGGACGGCCGAAUUCCUCGGGGUGAAAUUCAACCCUGUCCAUGUCACGGAGGAGAUUAUUGCCAAGCGAUUCGAAGACACCAUCUGGUACAGCGAAGCCUUCAUGGCAGACACCAAUGGGGUGGGCAAAUUGGCGAUGGCUGAAGUCGCGCACGAUGCCGGGUUCAAAGUUGUUAUUACCGGGGAAGGGUCCGACGAACACUUCGCCGGCUACAGCUUCUUCCAACGCGAGUACAUGCAGGAACCAGAUCAAUCCUGGAUCACCCAGGGCUACACCCCCGAGAAGUACGCACUCGCCGCCGAGAAAGAAAGCAAGAUCCAAUUCUACGGGGUAAACAUCCCCAUCUCUCCGAUCCUCCCCUCGACACUGCGCACACUCAACAACACCAAAGUCGCCAGCGUCACUAGCCGCACUAUAGCCUUGCGGUUCGCAGACUGGGCAGCAGACAAUGAGAAGCUUAAACGGAACGACACCCCUACCGUCUUUGUCGAGUCUCUCGACGGACAGACGCGCGAGAACAUGAUGCGCAAAUGGCACCCGCUUCAUACAUCCGAGUACACCUGGACGAGGACCGCGUUCACGAAUAUCCUCCUACGGUAUCUAGGCGAUAACAUCGACAUGGCAUACCAGGUUGAGUCCCGCCCCGCGUUUCUAGACCAUAAUCUAACAGAGUACGUGAACGGCCUCCCUCCAUCCCUGAAACUCAAAUACGACUACGACACUGGGAAGUUCACCGAGAAGUAUAUCCUGCGCGAAGCCGUGAAACCAUUCGUUACGGAGGAGAUCUACAAGCGCACAAAGCAACCGUAUUUGGGGCCGUUGCGGUUCCCUGCCGACGGACCGCUGCAUAGGAAGCUGGCUGGGUUGGUGACGAGGGAGAAUGUUGAGGCGUUGGGGUUUGUGGAUUGGGAGCAGACGAAGGGUCUUGUGCCGAAGGCGUUUGAGGAAGGGGAUCAUAUGGCGUUUAGGGCUUCGAUUUCGAUUGCCCAGUUUGUUGUUAUUUCGAAGAGAUUUGGUGUUAAGACUGCGCUGCCUGAGAUGUGGUCUUAG